AUGGGUACGACAAAUUAUACAUUUAGACGUACCUAUAAUGGAAAAUUAAUACUACAGCACAACGGAUUCGAAUAUAGGACGAAUAAAAGUAGCAAACAAAGCAUAGUUUGGAGAUGUUGUUGGCAUGCCAGAUUUAAAUGUUUAGCCAGAGCACGAAUAUCAAAUGCUAACGGUCUCUUAUACAUAACAAAUCCAUUACACACUCAUCCACAAGUAAAAAAAAUAAGAAAUGUUUUAUAUUAUGACAAUCAACUGAUUAAUAAACUCAAUGGAAGUAAUGAUUUUAAAAUAACAAUAUCACAAAAAGGAAUACCAAAAUUAUUUUAUGGUGGAUAUCUUUACAGGAGAAAUAAUCCACAUUUAAAAAAUAAAACUUAUUGGAUUUGUACUAAAUAUUAUGGUUAUAAAUGUAAAGCUGGAUGUAUACUUGGAAAAGAUAGAAUUGUGGUUUUAAGAGGUACUCAUAACCAUUAA